AAAUUCUGUGCGCCUCCGGCGGCCUCCGGGAGCGUGGGAACUUAGCCUACGGGCGCUUUCCUGUAGGGGCGGAGCGGCGUGUAGAGUCGGGGGCGUUUCCGGGAAGUUAAAUGCCAGCUAAAUUUAGAGGGUAAAGUGAGGUAAACUCUAGCGCUGCUUCAGGUUUAGUUUGGCCAGCACUUUGGCUUGUUCCUCGUGGACAGCGAGCGAUCAAAUUCGUGAAAAGAGGGAGUCCGGAAAUAGCAUGAGAAAACAUCUAAAGCAUCCAGAAAUCCUCUCCUGGACACCUUCCAAGAGGCAGGCUGAAUCAUCCUUCAGCCCCAGAGAAGGGGAGGCCAAUUUCAGGUGUUCAGAGGCUGAUCGAAGGCUUGAGAUUGGCACAGCUUUUGAGGCCUGAAGGCACUUUAGUGCUUUCAGGAAGCGAUUCUCCAGCCUGCUUCUGCUGAAAGAACCUCAGAUCUUCCCAGUGAGUAAACAUCUUGUUUUAGCUGAGACUGAGCUGAAAAAAAAAAAAAAAAAACUGGGGAGAAACAAAAUUAAUUUCUUUGAAUUUCUACUCUGUUUUUAACAGGAACCCAGACUAAGGAGUUGGCAUUGGAAAUCAGACUGAGGAUGGGAUUGAGGAUCUCAAUGACCAAUAGGCAAGAAGACUGUGGCGAGUGGGUUUUUUGGUCAAAUUAUCACAAUUCAGAUAACUUGAAAUUAUCAAUCACUGUGUGGAUGUACUAACUGGAUAUACAGAACAUCCAUUCAUCCAUUAUUUAUGCAUUUGUACCUUCAUCACUUAUCCAUAUAUUUUCGUAUCUGCUAGAAACUCAAAGACAAGUACAAUAUUGUGUCCUUAAAAGAUUUACAGUCCCCUGAGGAAACAGUUAGAUAGUGUUAUAACUGUCCCUGGGCCUGGAGCUCCUGAUCUAAUCAAUAAGGCCACCGGAGCAGACCGAAGACAGUGGUUUAACCAGCUCAGGUCAUGAUUCCAGAGUCGUGGGAUCGGGCCCCUCGUCAGGCUCCGUGCCGAGCGUGGAGACAGCUCAAGAUUCUCUCCUCCCUCUGUCCCUCUCUGCUGCUCACAUGUGCUCUCUCUAAAAGACCUGAAAAGAUAAAUAUGAAUUUAGAUUCCAUUCAUCGGUUAAUUGAGGAAACACACAUCUUCCAGAUGCGGGAGCCACCAGUUAAACCACCUUGUGACAUGUUAGCACCUGCUUCAUCCCCCAAGGACACUUGUCCUUCCUGUUUGCCACAUCAGGGACUGCAAUCACGUGCCGCUCACAACUUCUGCGCUCACUCCUGUAACACCAGUGAGUGGAAUAUUUGCGAAGAGCUUCGCCUGAGGGAACUUGAAGAAGUCAAGGCCAGAGCUGCCCAGAUGGAGAAGACCAUGAGGUGGUGGUCAGACUGCACUGCCAAUUGGAGAGAAAAAUGGAGCAAGGUUCGGGCCGAAAGGAACAGCGCCAGGGAGGAAGGAAGACAGCUCAGAAUAAAAUUGGAGAUGACGAUGAAAGAAUUGAGUGCACUGAAGAAGAAGCAGAGUUUGCCACAUCAAAAGGAGGUAUUAGAAACUACCCAAGACCUGAAGCAUCCUACUUUCAUGGAAGUGCCUUCUGCACAAAGAGACCCAUUUCACCUUGGUUCACAAACGUGGGAGUCUAUCAGAGAGUGUCCGGUAAAAAGAGAAUUUCCUACAAAGGAGAACCCGGAUAGUAAGGAAGAAGAUUUGAAUAUUGACCAGUUAAAAUUAAAUGAAGAGAUGAAACUCAAUCUUAACUGUCCUGAUUCAUUAAAAAAUGUUGUUUCUGAAAACAGUACACUGAAAUCUGCAUUAAGACCACAAGCAAUAAACCUGCCUUUGGAGAAUAAAGUGCCUGAAAUUUCAGCUUUGCAGGUACAUCUGGAUGAGUUCCAAAAGGUUUUAUGGAAAGAAAGAGAAAAGCGCUCAUCUUUGGAAAAAGAAAUAGAACGACUGGAGUCAGCUUUGUCUGUAUGGAAAUGGAAAUAUGAAGAACUGAAAGAAUCAGAUCCAAAAAAUCUGAAAGAGUUCAACAUUAUUCCUGGUCAACAUGAAAAUGAAAUGAAAGAAAUAUCAGGAGAUAUAAAAGAAGAAUCAAAAUCUCAAACCGGCAAGGAUAGAGUGAUCUACGAGUUAAGAGUUGAGCUAGAGAGAUUGCAAGCUGAAAAUAUCUUGGAGCGGGACAAGAGGGAAAUACUUGAAACAGAAAAACAAGGACUGGAAAGAGAAAAUAGAAGGCUAAAGGCCCAAGUGGAAGAAAUGGAAGAGCUUCUGGAGAGGAGAAAUGUAUUAAGUGCAAACUCUCCAGGUCCUGACUUCAAGACCUCACAAAUUGAACUGCAGGAAAAAAUCAAGGAACUUUUAGGAAGACAGAGAGGAGAGGAGAGAAGAGAGGACAAGAGAAGACAAAUGAGGGAAAAAGAAGGGAAAAGUGGAAUUUGUGCCGACUAUAAAGUGAGAGGACAUAACAGAAUAACCAAAAUGGGAGCAAACACAUAUAGGCUAAUAUUUAUCAAAAUAUGUCCUGAUUUUGCUGUAAUGGAGAAAAGUAGAGUUGUAAUUCCCAACCAUUUUUCUAAAAAUGAUACCUUUAAAUGCUUGUUUGCUUUACCACUUUAUUCAGUGACAGGGAGUUUUGUACUUGGAAAGCCUUGAUUCUGUAGAUAUGCAGUGUUUGUAUUCUCCAUUCCAAAUAACACGUUUUAAAGUGAAAAGUUAUUGGAAAAAGUGGUCAGUAUUCUAUGGGGUAAAGCCCCGUGAACUAGUCAACAUGCCUGUUGUGGAGCUUUUUGGAGGCUUGUUUUCUUAAAUCAUUCUGGCAACUGACUCUUCCUUCAGGUCACACGGUGGGUCAUUUUCAGAAAGCUAAUGUGACAGAGUGGUAAUUGAUGUGUCUCAGGAAAAUGAUGAAUUAAUCUAAGAGUAGAAAGGCCAUCAAAGUCAAUUCCUAAUGAAUUUACAUUACUGACAGUGUCCAUUUCUUGAAUAGGAAUGACAUUAUUUUGCUUAGUAACUUUAUCCUCAGAAAUGUUUUAUUUUCACUCAGAGGUUUAUCAGGCAAACCUAUGGCUUUGUUAACUUCUUCACUCAUUAUUUAUCUUUUAAAACCUUCAUUGCUCAUACAAUUAUUGAAUAAUUUAAGAAUAAAUAUAUCUGUUCUUAUGCUGUUGUAAAAUAAUAAUUUUAAAUAUAAAAUAACAUAAUUUGAUGUUAUUAGACAGGGUUAUUUCACCUUUUUCUUUAACCAUUCUUACAUAGCUUUGCUUUCUGUGGUACCCUAGAAAUUUUAAUUUUUAAUACAGUGAUUAGUAAAAAUUUAUAUUACUGUAGAGACUUUAGAGAUAUGGAAAAUUUUAACCCUUUCUUAUGUGAAAUAUAUUUUGGUAUAUAAAAAUGAAAAUAAUUCAUUUUGAAGAAUGUCUUAGUUGUAGCAAAACACUGAUCUACACAUGAGUGUCUUUCAUGAAUUGAUAAUUCAGUGAUUUCAUAAAACUUAGAAACACAUCCGUGAUUUUGUAUACAUUUUAGCAAAAGUAAAUUAGAUUGUGUGGGUUGACCAGAACAAUGUUCUUUUCUCCAAGAAUUUCUGAAGUUAUCAGAGACAGACGCUUAAGUACCAUUUGUUAAUGUCAUAAAGAGGUAUCUAGUGAAAUUUCACACUGAAUUAAAAUAAAUCAAUAUACUACAAAAGAGGGUGGCAUUUUCUCUAAUAUAAUGACUGCCCUCACUCACCCUGAAAUACUCACAUGCAUUCAUGCAUUCAAACGCACAUGUAAAUGCAGACAAUGAAUUGAUUUUUAUAAAUAAACUCGAAAGUAAAAGUUUUAUUUUUCGUUGUUUUGUGAUUAUUCACUGGAGAAAAGAUACACAAAUAAGAUUUUGUACAUAUGAAGCAUUAUUUCUAGGAAUAUAUUAAAACUGGGUGGAGUUUCACCUUUUCUUAGAAAAAAACAAAUGCUGUCAUAGAUUAUUAAAUUAAAAUUAUGAAUAGUAAAUCCCAAC